AUGGCCCGUUCCGAGGGCAGCAGUGGUGGAGCGAGUCAACUACCUAAAUCAGAAGCUAUAACAAUCACGUUCACUCCAGCAAAGCGACAAAUUCCGCGGCGCAAAAAGACUUUAAUUGCAAUCACCGUGUGCCUUAAUGUUUUACUUUGGGCAUCGGUCUCUGCUCUCAUAUCUACUUCCUAUUUGAUCGCCGCCGAUCCCGGCGACGUCACCAAUCUCCCUUCGGAAAUCUUGAUCAUUACAUCAUCUCUUGUAUCAAUAGCCUACAUAAUGCUUCAUUCAGUUGUCGCCCGAAGACAGACAUCAUGGUCUGAAGCAAGACUACGAAGGUCUGCACUAAGCAAGACCUACCUCGCAAUAAGAUUAGCUGUGACGCUCGCCGUACUUUGGCUGUGUACCUCUGGUUGGAAUAUGAUCAUUGCUGCCAGGCAACCAGUAUGUCUUGCUAAGAGCUCAUCUCUUCCUGGAUGGGCGGCUGGACCUACUUGCCUCGUGGGUCGCAUAGCCAUUGCGAUGUCACUUUUCGCGUUAAUUGCUUCAUGCGUACUCUUUGGCAUACUCGCUAUCGCGCGGCGACCAUUCGAGGCAACUUUGUUCAGGCAUAUGUACGCCAAACCCACCGUCUAUCCGGCCACCCCUAAGCCUUCGAAUCGCCCAUCACGAAGCGUAUCCUUUUCCUCCAAGUCCUCCCACUCACACUUGUCUGUUCAUACUACAUCGCUCUCACACCUCUCAAACGCCGAUGUGGACACAUUAGAUCUUGAAGCUGCCUCUCCACUGUCUACCGAGUCGCAGUCCCCAGUACGCUCUAUCGGCUCCAUCGGCCUCGGCAUCUCCAUAUCCCAAGGCCAACCCCCUCCUUUACCACCUCUUUCCCUCCAAAAGCGAUCAAGCUCCCUCACGCCUUCUCGAGCCACAUCUCUAAUAAGAGUCCCGCGACCAAUACACCACCCUUCCACCAGCUACCAACACCUCACCAUAUCUUGCCCCUCGUCCGUUGUCAGCUUCCACCUCGCUCGAAACUCCUCCGCGCCCCACCUCACAGACCCAGGCUCCAUCCUCCUCCCCCUACCCCCAACCAUCGCCGACUCCGCCUGGCGCGCCAUCCAUCCACCCAUGCCAGCCGCCUCCCGCUCUUUCUCCCACCUCCCCCUCCCAACCUCCCACCCGCCCAACUUCAGCUACUCAAACCGCUACUCCCGCUCCGUCGUCACCCUCUCGCGCCCCCAGCGCCUCAGCUCCGCCCCCGUCCCCGGUGUCGCGCGCUCGAACCGCAGCUCGCGCAGCGGCCAGAGUGGCAGCGUUAGCGGCAGCGGGACCGGCAGCGACGACUGCCCCUACUUGAGUGCGAGGGAGAGCAGGCGGUCUAGCGCGCCGGACGUCGAUCCGUUACACCCGACGCUCAACCCGACGCCGAUUCUGCUGCCGCCGUCGGUGGGGAGGAGGAGCAAGGCGUGGCGGCCAAGGCUGGAGGGGCAGGAGGAGGGGUUUGAGGGGUUGCCUGUUAAGAUUCCGGUUACGUUCUUGCAGGAUCCGGGCAAAGAGGAAAAGAGACUUGGAGAUAGGAGCGUGCUCGGGUUUGAGGAGGAGAUGAAUUUGAGGCUGGGGCUUGAGUUGGGCGUGAGGAAGACGAGGAGUAUGAGCCCACUGCGGAGCUCAGAGAGGGUGGGGAGAUUGGAGCGGGCGACAACGGUGCAGGUGGGGAGGGAUGAGGGGGCGGGAGGGGGCGGGAGGGGUGACGUUGGAGGAGAGGGAGAAGGUAGGGACGGUGGAAAGGAGUUAAGAGGAUAUCAGGGACUGGGAGGAUAG